AAUCACAUCAGUAGUAAGAUAUAACAACAUAUCACAAAGAUCUAGGAAGUGCACGAUUCGAGAUGGGAAAGAAGGUCUUGACCGUGUCCACAAGUGCCGACGCCCUAGGUGGCGAUGCAACAGGCCUCUGGUUGGAGGAGCUCGCAGCUCCCUACCUUAUCCUGAAGUCCAAGGGACAUGACGUGACGAUCGCGAGCGUGAAGGGCGGCAAGAUUCCCCUGGACCCGACUUCCAUGAAGCCAGAAAACGUUGUGGGCCAUGCCCAGACCUUCCUUGACAGCAAGGAUGACAUGGCGCUGCUGGAGGACAGCGUGCCCAUCGCGGGCCUCAGCGCCGAUGACUUCGACGCUAUUUAUAUCCCCGGGGGCCACGGGGUUGCGGUGGAUGGACCCUUUGAUCUCACCUUGCGCGCGCUCAUCUCCGAUUUCGCCGCCAAGGGCAAGAUUGUGUCCGCGGUGUGCCACGGCCCCGUGGCUUUCUCGGGGCCCAAGGUUGAUGGCAAGCCGAUCGUUGCCGGCAAGCGGGUGACGUGCUUCAGCGACAGCGAGGAGAACACGGUUGGCAAGAGCCAUCUGGUGCCCUUCCUGCCAGAGGCGCGCCUGCGCGAGCUCGGAGGCCUCUACGAAAAGGGAGACGAUUGGACUUCGCAUGUGGUCGUGGACGGCAAGCUGAUCACUGGCCAGAAUCCGCAGUCGAGCGAGAAGAUUGGCGAGGCAAUAGCAGAGGCCUUGGCAGCAUGAGAACAUGUGCCAAGUGCAGUGCCACCAUUUUCAGCUUCUGAAUUCAGCACCACAGCUCAGCAGUAUUGUCACAGCGUUCAGCAGGUUUCAUUUAUGUCAAAAGUUGUGUUGGCCAGACUGUCAGAUGUUGUAUACGUAAGCUCUGGAACCUCUUGGGUGACUCACCUCAAGAUUAUGUCAAAGUUUGCAUGCGCAUGAGGGUGUUGGGACAGCCGUCACAUGAGGUGCACCUCCGGUAAUGAAUCAUGAUUAGGUCUCGUGAGUUGCUCUCUUUUAGUCUGUCUGGUACAUGUGGGACACUUAAAUAUUUGUGAUUGCAGAGCUGUAUGCAUGCAAACUUGUAAUUGUGGGUCACGUCCUAAAUAGAC